AAAAGGCGGUCCUCAGUCUUUAGUCGAGGCUCGAGAGGGAGUUAACUGAGAUAAAACCAAGCUUGCGAUUUGCGACGAAGGAAACGAGGUGGAGAGAAUGUCUUAUAGAGGGAAGAGAAAGGACGCAGAGGAUCACGCUUCCGACGAGAACGACGACCACGCGCCUCCCAAGAAAUCUUUCAAGACUACUGCUGCCGCCAACUCUGACGAUCCCGACGGAAUCGUCGUAUGCGAGAUAUCCAAGAACAGAAGAGUUUCGGUAAGGAACUGGCAGGGCAAAAUUUGGGUUGAUAUUCGUGAAUUCUAUGUGAAGGAUGGCAAACAAAUGCCUGGCAAAAAAGGUAUCGCUCUAAGUCUGGAUCAGUGGAAUCUUCUACGGGAUCAUGUUGAGGAAAUUGACAAGGCACUUGCUGAGAACUCUUAAGGGCAUUAGUAGACAUGGCUUACCAUGUACAGAAGAUUAUGGGAGUCUAAGGUGUAAGGGUUUCUUUUUAUGCUGGAAAGUGAGCUGGAGGCCGAGGUUUUACAUUUUACCAGGGGUCUAUCUGGACUUGUUUCUGAAGUUGCUAAACUUAAGAGAAUUUCAUGAGGCGGGCCUUGCUUUUGUGUAAUUAGUUGUGUAGCUGUAGCUAUUAGACUAAUAUAUGUGUUAUCUUGAUGUUGGAUGAUAUUAACAUGGUCGGUAAAUGGAGACAUGGAGGAAAUAGAUAGGCCUCUAUAGUUUUCAGUUGAA